AAGUCACAGAAAUAGUUUGGGACUGAUAUUGCUGCAAGAUUUUAGGGAUCUUGACUGGGUGCUAAUCAGUAGCCACUAUUUGGUUAGAUUCUAACAAGGUUAGAAAAAGAUGGUCUAGAACCAAAAUUAUGGAAGUCAAUUUGCCUUCCAUUGAAAUAUAUGGAAAGUUUUAAGUGACAAAUAGAAACUAAGAACUGUAAUUGAGCAUUCUGAAGUAGGAUUCAGAAAGAAUUUGAGAGUUUAAACUAUGAAGUCUAAUGUUUAUUGGUGUGCAAACAGUAGACACAUUUUAUUAUGGUUAUCUUGCUUGCUUUCUUAAUUGUAGUAUUAAGAACUAAACAAUAAGAUAGCAAAAACUAAUUAUUGUUAUUAAGAGUACAUUUAAUGUAUGUUUGACUGGGUUUGUCUGUAUACUCCAAAUGGUCAGUCUGAAUAAGCACCUUUAACAGAUCUAACACCUUUUGUUUUGUUUUCACACCUCUGAGGGCACUUCUCCUGUACUGGCCAUGGCUGAGUCUAUUAUGAAAAACAAUGGUUGUGGAUCUUACCCGAGACCAACUACAGAAAGGCAUGGAACAGAACCUCCAAAUGUAACCAUUGAUCAGAUGAUGGAAAAUCUGAAUGCAUAUUUGGACAAAAGACUGGAGAUAAGGACAUGCCAUGAUGACAUCUGUAGGAAAUACAGUAUCAAGCACUCAGAGAGUGGACAAUGGGCUUUGCCGGACAUCAAAAGGGCUUUUGGAAUGACACAGCGCUUAAGGACAAACACCAGGAAAGAUGGAUGGUCUGUGAUUUUGCUCAAACAAAUUCAACAGCACCUGCAGAAGUGUGAGAUGGACAAACUACAAUGUGAGAUUGAAGCUGAGAAGGCUAAGGUUCGAGGAUUAUCUGAACGACUGCAAAAUGAAAAAAGAGACAAAGAGAAACUGUUAAACCAGAAUGAGAUGUUGCUAAAUUUGAUUUCAAGACAAAUUGAAUCAAAAGACUGUUUUAUAACACAGGCAUCAACUAAAGAAACUAGCAGCUGCAACAAGCAAGUAACUGAACAACAAGUUACUGAAAAUCAACAACGAAUGGCUCUGCUGAGAGAGCUACCACAUGAUCACUGUGAAAGCGGUGAUUUAGAUAGAGAGACUAAAUCAUCUAUUCACACCUAUGUCCCAAAGAGCAGAUCUAUGGUCAGACUCGCUCCUGUUAUUGUCAAAAACAGAAGGACUGAAAUUGAAGUUGACAAUGAGGAGGAAUAUGAGGAGAAUGGAGAGAGACAAACUCGCACUGUGACAAAAAUGGUGAAGACAUAUGUUCCACAUAGAACAUACCAGCCAGCAACACCAGAGCAGAUUGACAAAUGGUCAAGGGAACUGCCAGAUGUAUACAAACAUCCACGGAAGGUUUGGCAAGUUCUACAAAGACUGCACAAAAUCUACACACUACAUCCAUUAGAUGGAGUAGUCAUUAUCAAUGUCAAUUUGAGGGACAGUGACCAAAACAAGCUAACUGAAAGUGUCAGCAUCAAAGUUGGUGAGUCUCAAGAGAACAUUGAAGCUGGAUGGGAAGCCGUAAAGACAUUCUUAUUUGAAUUAAAACCUGCAGAGAUUAAUUGGGGUAAAAUUACAUCUUGCAUGCAGAAGACAGGGGAAAGUGUCACAGAGUUUGAAGAUCGCUUUAAACAAACUUGGCUGGAACAUGCUGGUUUGAAUGACAGUGAGGAUUUUGACAAGGACACUGGUAUGCCUUUAAAAACUGCAUUUGUAAAUGGACUGAAACCAGAGAUCUCUAAAGCUCUGAAAAUUCGUUAUGAUGACUGGGACAGCAUUGGGAUUGCUUUUAAUCAGCUGGUUGAAUGGUCAACAAAGAUUGAAAGAACACAAGAUGUCAAGCUGAGAGCCUUACAAACAAGAUCUGUGAAGAGCAACAAGAGAGUGAAACAACACAAACACACAAGUGCAAACACCAAACGUGGAAGAUGCAGGUAUUGCAACAAGGAAGGACACUGGAUUCGAGAUUGCAGCCUAAAAUUAAGACACCAGAAUGUUGAUGAGGACCAACUGGAUAGAAGAUUUCAGCAGCUGACAGUAGAACAAAAACAAACUCUACUAAAUGCUGUUGAGUGGCAGGGAAACUAAAGAACCCCUCUCUACAGCACCAGCAAGUGACAUU